UGAAAAUCCCGGCCGUCGUGACCAUUCUUUAUAGCUUGACAAAGAGCGUUACGCGUAAACGAAGAUUAGAUGGGAAGAAAGAGGUGUUCUACUUCAAUACAGUGUGCAUAUUGACUGAUGUGUUGCUUGCCAUCCAGAGGCGGACGUUUUGAGUCCAUGUCAAAGCUUCUCUUUGAGCCAUCUAACAGUGGAGUGGACUUUUGACGAUCUCCAUCAUAACGCUGUGAGGCAUGGGGCCUUCCUCAGGUCUUCGCCUUAAUACAGAAAUUUAAAGGGACAUCUAAUUGAAGCUGAUGUCAUUCCUAACCAAGUGACUGCCGUUGUUAGCCCAGACAGCAGGCCUACUGUUGGUGCUCCACCAGAGAGAGAGAGAGAGAGAGAGAGAGAGAGAGAGAGAGAGAGAGAGAGAGAGGGGGACAUCAUCUAAUCCUUGCAACUCUUUCAACAUGACCAGGGCAACGCAGUCAAUCGCCAGUCACCGGCUCCCUCUGUGAAAGUCAGAGGAACGGACGACUACAAAAUGGACAAGAACAUUGCUCGGGCUAUUUAUGGUUCUUCUGUCGUCAAUAAUAUCAAUCUAAUAUCAAAUUACAACAUUGGGGUGUCCAUGAAUAUGCCUGUCCCAACCAUGUCUACUCUGGAUGGGUUCGCCGACAUGCUCCAGGAUGAGGCUCGGGCGGUCUGCUUCUAGUCCCACGAGGUUGUGAUAUUUGCUUUGGUGCGGUUCGAGCUCGUGGUGGACCUUCAUGACAAUGGACAGGACAGUCACAUAUGGUGGCGGUGGCCACUGCCCAGUGGGAAAGCCGCCAGCCCAGGUCCCCAUUGGUUGGCAAAGAAAGAUCCACCAUGGAGGUGUUGUCUACAUCAGCCCCAGUGGCUCGGUGCUAGCCUGUCUGGAACAAGCCAAGAGCUACCUCCAGACAGAUGGAACCUGCAAGUGUGGCCUGGAGUGUCCCCUCAUCCUUCAUAAGGUGUUCAACUUUGACCCGGGGGCUGCCGUCACGCAGAGGACCGCCGAGGAUGUUAAAGCAGACUCUGCCGUCACCAAGCUCUGCAUACACAAGAGGAAGAUCAUCGCCGUGGCAACCCUGCACAGGAGCAUGGAGUCCCAGAUUUCCAGUAGAAACGCUGGUGGUUGUCACAUUGGUUCUUUGAAUCCUCAAGCAAUAAGGAAGGAUCUGCGCAACGGUCCCUCCAACACGAUCCCCCCCGACGGCAACAAUUCCUACAAACUGCCGAUGUCUGGUCCCCCGCACUACGUACACAAACACCAACUGGGCUCCCCACCCCAAAGGGACGCGUACGCACACCAGUCCAGGUUGAGACCUGGCGUCGGUGACCUCAACGCCCAAAGGUCGCCGUAUCGCAACAACCAUCACAGUGGCUUACUCAGCCCCCCAGCAACCACCACAUGUAGCGCCCAGCAUUACGCGGACCGGACCCCCUUUCUCAGGAGCCCCGAGUCUGCUGCACUCAGUUUUCACGGCGCCCCCAGCCCCGGCUCCGGCCACGUGAACGGUGAGCGCUUCGGCCCCCUCUCCCCACCCAGUGUCAUGGUGCACGGCCCGCCCUCCUCCAGCCAGCUGGCCUGUGCCCUCGCUGGAAGAACCAGCGUCUCCUCGUCGCCUUCGAUGCACACCAAAAGCCCAAACAGGCAGCGAUCGCCCUGCAGCUUCCCCCAGAACACAGACUACACCCAUAAAUCCCCCUUGUCGUCAAACGCCCAGCAGCAGCAGCAGCAGCACCACCCCCAGGUCCUACAGCACGCCCCCUACGUUGUGCAGAAGAGAUGCAUGAGCUCCUCUGAAAAGGACCCCCUCGGCAUACUGGACCCGAUACCGAGCCUCUUAGACUUUCACGACCAAGCCGUCCCCACACCCUCCAGACUCCAGGUCAAUAACCAUCCUCAAGGGGCGUCUGUGCACGCCCCUCCUGCCAUCGUCCCCUUGCCUAGUAAUCUCCCCAUGCCGGCGGUGAAGUCUGGAGUGGCUGGGCCUGGCCCUGGCCCGAGAGGCCAGCAACACCCCGCGCUGUCGUCCAUUUCAUCUUCACCCGUUAGAUCUCCAGUACACAUGGCAGCCCCACCUGCACCCGUUAGGUUAAAGGAGCUCUCUUUGCACCAACACGCGUCCGUUGCCUCCUCGCAUUACGGUAGUGUCGCCCUGGCUUCACAGGUGCCAUCGCAGCAGCAGCAGCAGCAGCAGCAGCAGCCUUCCCGGUCUUUGCAGGGGCCCGUUUCAUCCCCAAAGACCUCCGUGCCGCUCCAUCACAUGGCCGAGUCUGUGAUCCAGCCACUAGUAGCAAUAAACACUGGUGGUGGCGGUGUGCAUUCUGAGUCCAUACGCCUUCCUCCCCCCAGAGCCGACAGCCUCAAUCAAGCGAGACUCCCUCUGAAGACGGGCCCUCGCCAACUCGACCGACAGAAUCCUCCCACCUUCCCAGCCAGUAGUCUACUGUCCGCGGCGGCCAAAGCACAGCUAGUCCAUCAAAACAACCUGGGUGGCAGCUCGGGUCACCCUGGGUUGGUCGGGGGCGGCAGGCAGCCGUACAGCGAAGGAUGUGGCAGUCUGGAGCCCCAGUAUCUACGGGGUGCCGGAGUCCCCUUGGGAGAGGGACAGAGUGGAAGAGCGGCGCUCCGAGACAAACUCAUGUCCCAGCAACGAGGGGCGCAGCGCAAGCGGAAACCCCCCGCCGAGCCCGACGGGAACAUGUCCUUCCAUAUGAACAUGCAGCACGGCCCCAGUUCGCAUGGCUAUCCAGAGCCCACUAAAAGGCUCUUGCAGCAAGUGGCAAACAACGAUGUGUCAAUGGCACCACUUGUCCAACCUAUUAGCAAUCAGCUGGAAGCCCAGAAUGGACUGAGCCAUGCGUGUCAACCACUGCCCUUGCCUGGCAAACCGCUGUUUUUUGAGGAUAGUGUGCCUUCAUUGUCAAACAUGCAGAACGUGCAUGGACCCCUUCAUCUCCAAAUUAGAGACAUCGCAGGCUAUCGGAACUUCAGCAAAGACUGUCGUGAUGAUCCAGGGGAGCCCCGGAACAUGGAACAGUUUGCACGUCAAGUGAAUCAAACGCACAAUCUGCCUUUUGUUGGGAAUAUAAGGACCCUGAGUUACGGCGGACAUGAAGUGGAAGGGUCCAUAUGUAACCAAAACUCUCAGCCACCACAAAUGGGUCAUCAUGUAAAACAGUCCCAGGGCGGCCUUGGUUUUAAAGAUGGAACAGGAUUUCCCCCGAUGAUGUCCAAUGGUGGUUUCGAAAUGUACCCCGAAUCAGGUAAGGCUCAUUUCCUGGACUCGGCUUCAAGAAAACUCCAGAACGGUAGCCUGCGGCGCCGGCCACAGAAGCAACAGCCAAAGGACGCCUCGGGACAACUUCCUGCCCAGGCCGUGGACUUCCUCCAGUGCCCAGACAGCCUUUCUUGUUGUGACUCCAAUCGUCACCCACGCUCCCCCAGCUCCAUGAAUGGCCUCCUCAGAACCUUCAAGGUGAGUCUCGCUGAGGGGAUACCACACCCUGCCGGCAUGGUAUCGGAUCAACAGCAGGGCGUGGGUCUCCCGGAUGCCAUGUGCUUCCAGGCCAGCCAGCAGGGCCUCUCCAUAGCCCAGGGCGGGCCUCCGAGCACAGACGCGAACCCCACCAGCCAACGGGUGCGAGCCGGGUCGCGCGGGGAGGCCGUGUCGAGUGUCAUCGUCCGCAAUUGUGCGUUUUCGGCACCCCAAGCGGCCCCGCAGCUGGACCUCUCCCAGUCAGUCAUUCACGGGUCGCCCCGUGCCUAUCCCGACGAGGCCUCUCAACAACCGGCCGGGCCGCGACGGACCCCCGCGAAACUCAAGCACUCUAACGGCCUGCCCUCCGCCCCGGAGGCGCUGCUUCAGUUCGGCCGCGGCCCGCAAUGGAGCUCCGGUGCCAACGGCGGUCCGCCGUACGGGCUCAGCCAGGCCGAGAGGAGUCUGUCGCAGGCUCGGGCGCAGGACGGGAGCGGCUUCUACACAGAGUUUAUGGCCAGACACGCCUUCCCCACGCCGCAGGAGCAGAGCCCCGCUCAGCUGAACGGUAACCACCCCAGGAACGGCCACCUCGGCCCAGCGAGGAGCGGAGCCCACGCGUCAGGCGGGGUCAUCCAGUCCCCCGAGCACUGCCCUGCUGCCGAUGGCCGGCAAGCGUAUUUUCCCAAGCGGUCCAACGGAUAUUUAAACGGUCAGCUCAACGGGAACUACGGUGGCGGCGGCGGCGGCGCGCGUGAUGCAGGCAGCCUCAACGGGUCCUUUGUGCUGAAUAUUGCAGAAGGCCAGAUGAGUGAAGAGCGGCUCAUGGGACCCGUCAGCCUGCAUCACCCUGGGCGACCGUUGGCCCACAGACAACCGGCACAACCCGGAGGAGAUCUGCUGUGGGCCGGGGCCCCGAGCUUUCAUCCCUGGCCCGGCAAGAUGAAAAUGGAGGGGCCGUCUUAUCUCUGCAGUGUUGGUGAAAUGAUGCAAAGCAAGAUGGAGCCUGUGAGAUUUCACCAGACCUUGAAGGAUGACCUGAACACAUUGCACAAAGCUAAUGGUAUUCACCUGAGUGCUGGGGCAGUAGACGAUCACAUGGAGGAUGCUUUGCACAAUGCAAUGGGCCAGUGGCACAAAUUUACAGCUAAUGUAGGCCUAGAUGGUGUACGGAAAGCCCCCAAAGCCAAAAAGAGGAAGAUCUUUAGAUGACAGGAACCUAUCGAUGGAUUUUAUUUAUUUAUUUAUUUAUUUUUGAUUCUCUUCAAAUGGAUGGAAAGCUCCCCAAUUGUAUUUUGUAUUUAAUAUGAGAAAAAUGUCUGACUUCUGUGAAGCCACGACAGUUUGUGGAAGUUUACAUAUUUGGCACUAUCCGGGGGAGAAAACAACAUAAUUGUGUGAACUUAGUUGUUCUUGUGAGAAUCAUCAAAUUUGAACUACUGAAUACCUAGUUUCUUAGAUCAUGAAGAUGGUAUUCAUAUCAAAUGGUUAGAGGGGCUGUAGGUAAGAUUUGGUUUCCAUUACUUUGUCAUUGUACACACAAAUGCCAGAUCAAUACAUGUUAUAUAGCAAGAAUAACAUGCCUCUAAAGCUUUGAAAUAUUAAAUGAUAUUCAAAAAACAUGUGUUGCUUUGUUUACUAAAUUGCCACAUCCCUAUAGCUUGCAUUAAAAUGUGUUCCUAAAGCGGUUCAAACUAUCCUUUAGUUGACUAAGAUAAAUCUAGGUUAUGAAGUUCUCAAGGUUUCCUCCAUCACAUCAAUCUAGUGAAAUUUGAUUGAGUAAAUGUGUUAAAAGCAACAUUAGAUCACCUUUGUUAAAGCACAGAUUUAGUCAACCGUGCUAUUCCUUCAGUAUUUACAUUCUGCCUAAAAUCUAAACCAACCAGUUGGACUGUUUCUCAAUUAACCUGAAUGUCCUCAAAAACAGACUAUUAUAUUGCUGCACAGAUUAUUUUUGAACAGGUUAUCACGCAAUUUCAAACACUGAAUGGUGUCCCAAUUUCUCCACUGCAAAGUUAUUAUUAACUUUUCAUAAACUUCCCAUUAUCCAUGUUCCUCGUGUGCUGCUUUAAUUCCUUAUUCAUAAACUAUAUUAAUGUGUAUGCGUUCUACUAAACUAUAAAAAGUAAAGACAAAACCAAAGUAGAAUUGUGAAGCGUGAACCAUUUUCUAACAGCUGGUACAUGAUUGUCUGCACCUUGUAGCAUUGUACUAACUUUAAUAGGUGUCAUAUGAAUCAUACGAUGCAUUUUUUGUCAAAGACCAUGCCUCAUAUUACUAAGGGUUUGUUUUCGGUCUCCAAAUUCAGUUUUUGCCAAUAUCCCAUCCACUAGCAUAACAACUUUCUGCAUAUGUUCAUAUGUCCUCUUGCAUAAAAUGUUUGUCGAUUUUCUAAACCCUAUGCAGAGGUUCGUUCUGGUGUUUAUCAAUAUAUUUGGGAAACACUGAUUUCCAAAGCUGUAUUAUCUAUAAAGAGUGGUUACAUAUCAAAUCCCUGUAAAUUAGAUUUUCUUUUAUCAGCCAUACAGCCUGGGACUUGGCCCUAACACUAUUAUUGCUGUGCGAUCUCAAAUCAUAUACUGUUCUUGUGAUUCUUUAUUAAACUAAUUUCAGGAUGUCCUUUUAUUGUAAUAUUUACAGUAUUCAGAAAGCUGUAAUCAUAUAAUUAUACCAUACCCUUAAUUAUGUAUUUCAAUUCCCCCCCCCCACACACACUUGCAUAUAUCAGAGCUGGAUGGUCAUUGACAGAGAAGCAUUUUAAUAUCACGUAAGAAAAUCCUCAUCUUGUAACCAACCACAUGAAGAUAAUUCUAGAUAUCUAAUUAACCUGGCUUAUAGCCAAUGUAUCCUAAUGGAAAAAAAGGUAAUACUUGAAGAUCAUGAAUAUAUUGAAAUACUUGAAUAUGACGAUACGAUAAUUGAAGUGCAUGUAAAUGAUCUCACUGAUUUAAUGAGUUUUACUGUAAAUAUUCUAAGUGAUUGUAUGCAUAUUACAAUUUUAGUUUUGUCUUAUUUUGAAAUGAAUGUUAUACUAAUUAAGGAAAGGAAAGGAAAUCUACCCCAUGUCGAAGAUGGUGCUCUAUAUUUAAAAUGUAAAUUGUAUAUAAUGUAAUGUAAUGUUAUUUGUAAAUGCCCAUAAUGUUCUACCCAUUUAUGAAAUGUUCUUAAUCAAAUCCUAUGGCAUUUCACCAUCUUAUACAAUUUUAAAUAAUGUUCGACUGCAACAGGAAAUGUCUAUUAAACCUAUAUUUUGUUACAUAAA